UAUUGAAACAGACGGUCAGCCACGGACGCUGUAACGCACUCUGUCUCCAUUAUCAGUACUAAACGACGUUUCUGUGCUGUGUCACCGCUAGCCAAAUUUACCGUUUCGGCUCUAGCAAACUGCUUCGGCCUCGUAUCAUCGUGAUGGCCAUAACUGUGUAUGUGUAACUGUGUGUGUGCCUGUGCGUGCGACCGUUUGACGGUUUAAUUUGAAUUUCGGGAAUAUUCAUACUAAGAUGCUGAUGCCGAUCGGAAAAGAAGCUCAAGCAACGCAAAACGAAAAGCGAGUAAAGCGCAUCGCCCGAUAAAUGAACUGAGAUUAGAAACGAAACAAAAUCACGUUCAGCGGUUGUGUCUUCUCUCUAUCACUCUAUUGCCCUCUCAGUCACUCAGUCACUGUGCUUGUGUUUGCUCGUCCGUGUAUGUGCGUACGCGUGUGCCCCUGUGUGAGUGCUGUGCAUGUGUGCCUAACAAUUAAUUAGCAUUUAAAUCGCACAUUAAUCUGCGAUCCAAUCAAAGGCCAAACAGAAAGAGAGCAAAAAAAAAACAAAAUCUGCAGAGUUGCCAACGCGCACAAAAAAUAACUGAAAACCCAAGUAAAUACGCAUAAAAAAAGGAUUUGCCAAAGCAAUUAUCGAAAUCGACAAAAUGUUUGCCUGCUUGCAUUUGAUCUACGUGGCGUUCUACGUCAUUGGCUCUUUAAUAGAUUUUACAGCCGGACUGCGUCUGGUCGAGGUGCGCAUACCGAACUAUGUGAUUAAGGGCGCCAGCGCCCAGCUGGAAUGCCUCUACGAUUUGGACGGCGAGGCGCUCUACUCGGUCAAAUGGUACAAGGAUGGCAAUGAGUUUUAUCGCUAUGUGCCCAGGGAUAAUCCGCCGGCGCAAACAUUUCGUUUGCCAGGUGUUGCCGUUGAUUUGCACAACUCGAGCGAUGCGAUUGUUAACCUGCACAACGUCAAUCUUCAGUCGGCUGGCCGUUUCCGCUGCGAGGUAUCCGGCGAGGCGCCGUCCUUCCAAACGGUCACUGAGCAUGGCGACAUGGUUGUUGUGUCUCUGCCAGAUCAGGGACCGCCGAAAAUAAUUGGAGGACGUCCGCGUUAUCAAAUUGGCGACUGGGUGCGCAUCAACUGCACCGCCGGCCGCUCCAAGCCAGCUGUCAAUCUCACCUGGUAUGUGAACGGGGAGCCAGCCGAGCCGCAAAAGCUACGCAAAUUCGAGACAAUUGUAUCGGGCCGAGAGGGCCUGGAGACCUCAGUGCUGGGCUUGCAGUUUCGCGUCGAACAGCAUCAUUUUCGCAACGGAGAUAUGAAGCUGAAGUGUGUGGCUGCUCUCUCGUCGUUCUACUGGCGCAGCAACGAGGAGUCUGUUGAGGGCGACCGGCCGCAGAAGGCGCCAGUCUUGGAGUCGCGAGAGAGUGACAGCGCCUUUGCCAGCAAUUCGCGCGCCGAUCCGGUGCAAGGUAUGUCAUACCGGGAAAUAUUUGUUACCAAAAUCUUAUCGCUUUUUCUUCAACCAAAUGCAGCCAGCAAAACGGACUCGCUCCUAAUGGCCCGGGCGCCCAAUGCUCUGCUGUUGCUGGCGCUGGCCUUGGCUGCCACCUUAGCGGGCGGCAGCCUCCACUCCAACUGGCCAGCGUUCAGGCACAGCAAGGCUGGGCUCGGGGCCCGAGUGCAUCGAGCUUCGAUAAGUGUUGUUAGUCAAGAGCGAGGCAAUGAGCCAAAUGAUAAGCUCAUUGCGAAAUUCAUUCAUGUUGAGCAAACGCUUCAAGAUUCUCUCUCAGUCGCGCAGCAUCGGCAGUUGCUGCUGACUGCGCGGUAGCUGCAUUAAGUUAGCCAUGCCUCCCAUGCCCCGCCCAUUUUUUCCACUGAAUUUUCCGUCUUCGCUUCGCAGAAAAUGAAAAUCAAAAGCAAAAAAAAAUUUUAAAAAAAAAUAUGAAAAAAAA